AGCUGGGAUUGCAAUUUGGAGAGAGAGGCUCAGCUCUGGGCAGACGACUGCAAAAUGAUUCCUUCACCGCUAUAUGAAAGAAACGGAGCUGGAGAGAAUGUUUUCAUUGUGUAUGCUCCCGACCAUGUUGAAGAAAAGCUUAACAAGGCGCCUGCUGAAUCCAUACAGAGCUGGUGGAGCGAAGUGUCCAGAAAUUACAAAAAUAACCCAAAGAACAAAAUGACGUUGCAAGUGAUGAUGAACGAAGUCCAGCAUUUUCUUCAGAUGGCCUGGGGCAAAACGGACAAGAUUGGCUGUGGCAUGAGAAAAGCAUGCGGAGUUACUGGAGCCUCGAUCUUCGUUGUCUGCCGAUACAGCAACCCCGCGGAUAAGCCAAACACUUUGAUCUACGAGCUCGGCGAACCGUGCAAUGCUGGAGGCGGCUGUUCGCAGGGAAGUUGCGAUUCGCAAGACGGAUUGUGUCAAAGAAAAGUAUGA